AUGACCGAAAAUGCUUAUAGUCUUGUAAAAGACGGAGAUUUAUCACUGUCUUCUGACUCUUCGGAAAUAAACGAUAUUGGUAGUGGGACCCCACCGGAACUCUUAACCUCGGUGGUACCUCCUCAGACAAUAUGUCGCGAAAUUUUUUUGGAUAAGUUUGAGAAGUUUGCGAAUUUAAUUGCCACUGGCUGGAAAUAUCAUGUUGCUAAUACGGACGUCUUAUUAAUUAGACUGAAAAACUGUAGCAAAAGGAUAAUGAUUAUUCUUUUAGCCUUGGUUGAAUCUCCAUCGAAUGUUCGAGUGCAAGCCACCUCAAACACAUCUGCUGUAGUACAGUGGGACUACAAUGGGCAGAACGUUAGCGAAUUUGAAGUUCGUUUCAUGCACCAGCCUUCUCCUGGACAGCGGUUAGGUGAAAAAUGGUCAACGCGAACAGUUACUGAUCCUGCAGUGCGACACUUGCACAUACAUCAUUUAACACCUGAGACUCCUUAUGCUUUUUGCGUAUCUGCAAUACGUGACGGACGCCAAGGCCCUUGCUCGGAUCCUCCAGUAGCAAUCGAUAGACUGGACCCUACACAUAUUGUUACUAAUUUGCAUGUACAAUUCAAAACUUCAAACUCGGUACAACUAACUUGGACAUACAAUGGGCCACAAUCUGUGCGUUUUUAUGUUCGUUAUUCUGGCAACAAAUCGUAUGUUGAUAACAAUGGAAAGUACUUUGAGAACAAUAUCUUGCCGAUUGAAAAGACUGUAGAAAAAGCUGAACCUGGUUACCUACUGACUGAGCUGCGCCCUGAUAUGAAAUACAUAAUCCAAGUGGGAGUUCGUGAUGAUAGUAGGACUUACUUCCCAAGUGAAAUAAUUGUCAAAACUAAGUGUAGAGCCUCGCCAAUGGUUGAUCCUCCUCGAUUUGCUGGCUCAAGAGAUGCAAGCACAGCGUCAUUAAUGCUUGGUCUUGCUUCAGAGGAGUAUGGACCUAUCAGCCACUACUGGCUUAUAGUUGUUCCUGGGAAUUUUACUCCGGUAACUAAGAUUGUAUUUAGUCUCUUGACUUACUUACUUUUGUGCUUAGAGGCUUAUAUGACUAUACUCUGUUCUAACAGUUUUUUUCGUUAUGGAGGUUUCUUGAAUCAGCAUUUGGAAAGUAACACUCAAUAUCGAGUUCUGAUUGUUUUUGUACUGGUUAAUCUAUUUCUCUUACAAGCAGAUUCUGUUCCUUCCCCACCUUUCUCGACUAGAAGUUUUUACCACGUUCGUGAAGGCAAAACAUCAAAUCUGUGGCUAGUUGCUCCACUUAUAGCCUUUCUUUUGGUCGCUCUGAUAAUUCUCAUGCUUCUUUUGUGGUAUAGAUGUAACAAGAAAGGGUCAUCGCAUAAUACGAAUCGUCAUCCAUCAAUAACAAAGGUUGCUAUCAAUAGUAGCAUUCCGGGUGAAACAUCAAAACUGUUAUCUUCAGAGGCGUACAAUCGACAGGUGAUGAGUCCAUACGAUCAGGCAAAUGGAGGCAACGGUUGUGUUAUGGAACCUACUAUGGACAUGUAUCCAGUGCAUCAGAGCGUUAACUUUACUGCUGCACCGAAUCCGAUGUCAAUGUUGCCUUCUAGUGGCGGUGCACUUGGAGGUCACACUCUAAACCAUCCUCCAAUUCCUAUUUCAGAAUUAGCUGCACAUAUCGAGAAAUUAAAGAUGGACAAUAAUGCCCUAUUUUCUCAGGAAUAUGAGAGCAUCGAGACCGGUCAACAUUUUAAGUGGGAAAAUUCGGUUUUACCGUGCAAUAAGUCAAAGAACAGCACCGACUAUAUAAAUGCAAAUUAUAUUGACGGAUACGAGAAGACAAAGGCAUAUAUUGCUACCCAAGGCCCGCUACCGGAAACAUUUGCCGACUUUUGGAGGAUGGUUUGGGAACAAAGCUGUGCAACAGUUGUGAUGUUGACGAGGUUGGAAGAGAGGUCUCGCAUUAAGUGUGACCAGUACUGGCCGUCUCGCGGAACUUCCACAUACGGAAAUAUUGCGGUGACUUUGGUCGAAACGCUGGAGUUGGCUCAUUAUACAAUAAGAACCUUCCAGUUGCAACAUCGAGGAAACAGUGAGACGAGGGAUGUUCGCCAUCUGCAAUACACAGCCUGGCCUGAUCACGGUGUUCCUGACAAGCCUACUCCAUUUCUUAUGUUUCUUAAAAGGGUUAAAACUUUGAAUCCUCCAAACGCCGGGCCAAUUGUCACUCACUGCAGCGCUGGAAUUGGUCGUACCGGUGCUUUUAUUGCUAUUGAUUGUAUGCUCGAACGAUUACGUUAUGAAAAUACAGUAGAUAUUUUUGGAUGUGUUACUGCACUGCGAUCUCAACGGUCUUAUAUGGUUCAAACAGAUGAUCAGUACAUCUUUAUUCAUGAUGCUGUUCUUGACGCUGCUCAGUCCGGUUCUACGGAAGUACCUGUAAAUAAGUUGUAUACUCAUAUGCAAGCUCUGCUGCAAAUUCAGGCUAUUGACCAGAUAUCUUCAAUGGAACUUGAAUUCCGGCAUUUGGCUACCCUAAAAAUGGUCAAUUCGAGAUGUGCUGUUGCAAAUCUUCCAGCAAACAGAUCGAAGAAUCGGCUUGUGAACAUGGUUCCUUAUGAUUCUGCUAGGGUUUUACUGGAGGAGAUACCUGGUGUUGAUGGGUCAGAUUACAUUAAUGCGUCGUGGAUUGAUGGCUACAGACAGCGCAAUGCGUAUAUUGCCACGCAGGGCCCAAUGCCUCACACAGUUAAUGACUUCUGGAGGAUGAUUUGGGAGCAUGAAUCGGCAAUUAUUGUUAUGUUGGUUAAAAUCCGUGAGCUUGGACGGGAAAAAUGCUGUGAGUAUUGGCCAGUUGGAUCGGGCGCUCAGUUUGGACAUCUUGUAGUAGAGCCAAUCGCAGAGUACAAUAUGCCUCAAUAUAUACUUCGUGAAUUCAGGAUAACGGACACAAGGUCACGAACGGUAAGGCACUUCCAGUACGCAGAUUGGCCAGAACAAGGCGUUCCAAAAUGUACUGAGCAGUUUAUUGACUUCAUUCAUCAGGUACACCACACGAAAACUCAGUUUGGGAAAGUCGGCCCGAUAACUGUGCACUGUUCUACAGGGGCAGGCAGAACUGGAGUUUUCAUAGCUUUAAGCAUAAUAAUUGAUCGUAUGAAGUUGGAGCAGGUUGUAGAUGUAUUUACAACUGUGAAACUGCUACGCAGUGAGAGGCAAAAUAUGGUUCAAGAUAAAGAUCAAUAUCAUUUUUGUUAUCAAGCUGCACUUGAGUUUUAUGCUACUUUUGAUAACCCUUAUCAAACUUGA